AUGCCAGGACUGCUGUACACUUGGGGCAGCUCGGACAGCGGUGUCUUGGGUCUCGGCCAGUUCAUCACCUCGGGACCACUGCACACGCCCACGCAGGCGGAGCGAGUGAGAUGUGGCGCCAACAGCACGGCAGUGGUGUGUGGGCAGGGUGCCGCUCGGCCGCAGGCAGUUGUUCUAAAGUGGGGUGCUUCUAUGGACAAGCGUCUUAUAAACUGUGCGCUUCUGCAUGGUUGA